AUGGAACCAAAUACAUUUAUAUGGGAUACAUGUGGACCACAUACAAUCAUUAAUUCAUUAGGUGGUGGUAUUAUUCAAUUAAAAUAUGCAUUAAAUUCUAUUAAAUUAUUAUUAUUACAAAAACAAUUAUCAAAUAAUUACAAUCUAAUCAUUCAAUUAAUAAUGAAUGAUUUACAUAAAUAUCAAAUUAAUUACAAUAUUAUAAAAUCAUCAGAAGAGAUUCAAUCACUCAACUCGGUCAAUCUUUCCAAAUGUUGCAAUCGUAAUGGCUUAUUAGCUUAUCGUAAUCCAUUGAUAGCUAGUCAAAUUCUUCUUCAUAUUGCAUUAAAUCAAAAAUAG